GAGCUUUUUGCCAAUUUGACAGUUCAAACGUUUGGCUUCGCCGAUUUGCCACCGUCAACAAUGGCUUCGCCGAUUUGCCAAUAAAAAGACUGCAACCUUGUUUUUCUUGCCAUUUUGCUGUUUGGAAUCCAUUUUAAUUUUCUCUCCCAUACAUACCCACGCGAAAUGACAAUCUUACCCCUUAUCCUUCGUUCAAAGGAUAUCCCCUGGAUGGCUGGUUCAUUUAGUGCUCUCUCUCUCGUUUGCUCGUUCUGCCCUGCACCCGGUGCUUGGAGGUUCGACGGUGGCGAGCUUGGCAGGCGGAUCUGCUGCUCCAGCCGAGGUUUCCGAUGCCGGCCAGGAGCAGCCAAUGAGGACAGGAGCAGGCGGUAGAGGGUUGUGCCCCAGCUUGAAGGACAACACCGUUGGGGAUGAUCCGGAUGGGGUUUUUAGUAUUUCGAUUAGAGUUCUUCCUUAUGCUGUGAGGCUUGAUGAUGGAACCGUCAAGCAGUAUGAAAGGCAAGAUUUGGAUUGGGAUGUGUCCUUGAAUGGGUACACAAUGGAUAGUUUUCUCACAGAUCUCAAGCAGAGGUUGCAUUUUGGCAGUACACAAGAGCCUCAGAUCUGGUGCACUAACAUGAGCACAAAGGCCCAAGAAAAGGUUCAAAUCAGUGAGCAUCUGCUAACCAUAUUCAAGGAUAGAUGGUCUACAAAGUGGGUGUGCUUCUUAGUUGAAAUUGUUGACAUAGGAAGUAGUUUUUCGUGCCAGUCAAGUGUGACUUUCUCGAGUAGUGGUACACAGGAACCCAUAAUUCUUGAGUCCCAGCCAUGUGAGCAACCUGAUGUUGAGUUGAUUGAUUGGGACACACUGGUAAUUCAGGAAAGCCAUGAUGAGGAAGGAAGAAUUGAAACCAUUGGACAAGAUGAAUUGUACAUUAUUUUGGGGUUGAAGGAUGAGGAUGAAAGGGCAAAGAAGGCUGCAGAGGCUGCUGCAAAGGAGGCUGCAGCACAGGCUGCUGAAACCCAAGGAGAUACCAUGCCAUUGGACAUAGAUGGUGCGGCCAUUCCAGUGGACGAUGUCAUACCAGAGGAGUUGCAUCUAAGAUAUGAUAAGGAUAAGCCACAAAUGAAACUUGGCCUUUGUUACCCUGAUAUGGAUGAGUUCAGGAUGGCUGUGAGGCAGUAUGCAAUUAAUGAGGAGUUUGAAUUGGGUACAGAGAAAUCAGAUAAGAAGCGAUUUAGAGGGUAUUGCACUGGUGAAGAUUGCCCUUGGAGAAUAGUCGGCAAUCGGCAAAGCGAUAAGAGAACUAUCAUGAUCACCCUUUUAGUGAAUAAACAUGAUUGUAUUUCAACCAGCAGAAUAAAGACUACCACAGCUUCAAAAUCCUGGGUGGCUGCAAAAGCUGUCCCUAUCCUCAUCAAGGACGAGAAAAUGGGUGCUAAGCAGCUGCAGAGAAAGUUGGAAGAUGACUACAACAUCACUGUUGGGUAUGAUACAGUAUGGAAAGGAAGGGAGAUGGCUUUGAAACAGAUAUAUGGGUCAUGGGAAGAGAGUUUCCAUACAUUGUACAGUUGGAAGGCAGAGAUUGAGAAGGUGUCUCCAGGAAGUGUAGUCGAGAUUGAUACCGAGGUUGUACAAGGGAGAGUUUACUUUCGUAGAUUUUUUUGUGCACUAGCCCCUUGCAUUGAGGGAUUCAAGGCUGGUUGUAGGCCAUACCUAUCCAUUGAUGGGACUGCACUUAAUGGAAGGUGGAAUGGCCAUUUAGCUUCUGCUACGGGUAUAGAUGGAAACAAUUGGAUGUAUCCAAUAGCUUUUGGAUUCAUAGAUUCAGAGACUGAAGACAACUGGAUUUGGUUUAUGAGUCAGCUCAAUAAAGCAAUAGGGAAUGCUUACCCUUUGGCCAUUUGUACAGAUGCUUGUAAAGGUUUGGAAAAUGCAGUUAAACAAAUAUUCCCUCAAGCUGAACAUAGGGAAUGCUUUAGACACUUGAUGCAAAACUUCAUCAAGAGGUAUUCUGGUGACACAUUUGGAAGGAUGUAUCCCGCUGCAAGAGCAUAUAGAACUGCUGUUUUUGAUCAUCACAUGGAAAAAAUUUUGGAGGCAGAUUCUGAAGUGGGGAUGUACCUAGCUCAGUACCAUCACCUAUUGUGGAUGAGGUGUGCUUUCAACCCAGCCAUCAAAUGUGAUUACAUCACAAAUAAUAUUGCUGAGGUGUUUAAUAACUGGGUAAAAGACUAUAAAGACCUGCCUGUUACAGAGCUAGCUGAUAAGAUAAGGGAGAUGAUAAUGGUACUAUGGGAUAAGAGGAGAAGGAUGGGAGAAAGGUUUCAUGGAUGGUUACUCCCAACUGUAAGACUACAGCUAAGGGCGAGGACUAGAGGAUUAGGACACCUGAGAGUUGUCGGCUCUGCUAGAUUUUCUGCAGAAGUUUGGGACAACAGUAGAGAUAACCAUGUGAGGCAUGUUGUUAAAUUAUUGGAUAGAACCUGCACUUAUGAAGAGUGGCAACACACAGGUAAACCAUGUGAACAUGCCUUGGCUUUUCUGACGACACAAAAGCAAGUCCCAUUCAAUGAUUAUGUUCAUGAGUACUUCUCAGUUCAGAGGUUUAUAGCAGCAUAUGAACGAGUGAUUGAACUAAUGACUGAUAGAAGUAUGUGGCCAAAGGUUGACCUUGGCUAUGUCUUAGGGGCACCUCUUGGGAAAAGGGGAGUUGGCAGACAGAGAAAGAAUAGGAUCAAAAGCUUCCUAGAGGGAGGUAGCAGGAAAGGGAAAGUAGGAAAUGAUAAUGAGAAUGAGAAAGAAAAAGAGAAAGACAUAGAAAAGGGAAAGGAGAAGAUAAUGAUUAGAGGCCCAGUGACAUGCCGUAGAUGUGGAAAUAAGGGCCAUCGGCAGACUAGCUACAAAUGCCCACUGAAUGGCACAAAAAAGAAGCCAAGGAAGCCAAGGAAAAAUAAAACAAAGCAGCUGAGAACUGAUUCUACACCUAUGAAGUCUAACAUCACAAAGGGUCCACUACUGGAAGAUAGCCCUGGGAUGCUCACAAGAAGGCGUCUAGCGAUGCUUAGGGGAGAAGGCACUUCCAAUCAGAGCACUGCAGCAGCUCCUGCUACUCCAAGCACGCCAACAGCUUCAGUUAAGACUGCUAGCAAGACUGCAGUGAAAAAGAUUACUCCAAAGAAGAGGAAAAGGAAUCUGGAAGACUGCUACUAAAACCCUCUCUUUUGUACCAUGAAAGUGCUCUAUUUUGUUGAGCCAUCUAAACUGUGUGAUGACUCCUCUAUUUUGUUCAGCCAUCUAAACUUUGUGAUGACUGCUAUCUUGAAUUAUGAUUUGUAUGCUAAAUAGUUGCAGUCUGAACCUUGCAACUCAUUAUGAAUGAAUGAAUCAAUGGACCAUGA